AUGUCCCGUGGUCUUAAGCUGUACUAUGAUUUCAUGUCGCAACCAUCAAGAGCGCUUUAUAUAUUUUUGUCGAUCAACAAGGUUCCUUUCGAGCGAUGCCCAGUAGCGCUUAGAAAACUUGAACACAAAACAACCGAUUACAAAACGAAUGUUAACCGGUAUGGAAAAGUGCCCUGCAUUGUGGAGCAGGAGUUCCGACUCGCAGAGAGCGUUGCUAUUUACCAAUACCUAUGCCGCGAGUAUCGAGUAUCGCCCAGUUGGUAUCCGGAAGACACCGUAUGCAAGGCGCGUAUCGAUGAAUACCUUUCCUGGCAGCAUUUGAAUAUACGCGCAGACGUAUCCUUGUACUUUUUCCACGUUUGGUUAAAUCCACUGCUGGGUAAGGAAGUGGAUGCCGACAAGACGGAUCGUUUGCUUGAGCGAUUGAACAACGGGUUGAACUUUUUCGAGCAAACUUUAUUAUGCAACGGUAGGCAACCUUUUCUCGCCGGAGAUUCCAUUAGCAUAGCCGAUCUAUCGGCUGCUUGUGAGAUUGAACAAGUGAAAAUAGCAGGGUACGACCCAAGCAGUGGUAGGCCGUAUCUGGCCAAAUGGUUGAAAGCCGUACGGGAGUGUACGAAUCCGUACUAUGAUGAGGCCCAUAAAUAUGUUUAUCGACUGGCACCAGAACAUAUUGCUACUCCUGCCGUUCUUGAUGACGACUGA